UAAUUUCUGGAACUAAAGGGAAGAUCGAUUAAUUUUCAUACACUGGUUUCUCCAUUAGAGAACCUCAAAUCUCUUGUUGUCGAAAAAGAUGAAAGAUAAGUUGAAGUUGGGAAGAAGAAAAUGGACGUCAACAAUUAGCUGCAAAGCCUCCAAAUUUAAGGUUAUAAACUUCUAAACAAAACAGUUAAUUCAAAAUAUCAUUUAUUAAUUUAAAUUAAAUUACCUGUGAGCUAAUGGAUAGAUAUGGAAACGUUUCUGCCCUUUUUAAUAAAAAAUUUCAGUUCAAAUCAUUCGCAGAUGUGCCCAGGAAAAUUUUCGAAGUCCCAAAAUGGGAUAUAUUACUUUUACAAGAGAAAAAAAUUCAUCUUAACAAUGUGAAGGCCCAAUUGGGGAAGUAUAAUCUUGAGGAAUGGUCUAAGCAUACAAGACAUAAUGAUCCAUCAAGUUUUGUCAUAAGAUAUCUGAAAGACAGAAUUGAACCAGAGUUAUUAACACAGGCUUGGUGCAAAUUUUAUGAAUGUUUAAACCAAUUUGAUGUAAUACCUUCAAUCAAAUCUACCGAACGUUUUGCCAGUUUACAUUUAUGUGAGGCACCAGGUGGUUUUAUAUCGGCACUGAAUCAUUUCAUUAAAUCAAAUCGGGAUUACUUAGAAUGGAAUUGGCUGGCUACAACACUUAAUCCUCAAUAUGAGGGCAAUAAACUCUCUGAAAUGAUUCCAGAUGAUAGGUUAUUGAGAUUCACUAAAAAACAAUGGCAUUUUGGUAUGGAUCAUACUGGAGAUAUAACAAAGUAUUACAAUUAUAUUGAUUUGAGGAGACAAAUAGAUGAAAAUAUAUUAUUAGUGACUGCAGAUGGAAGUAUAAAUUGUAUGUGUGAUCCUGGAAAUCAAGAGAGUUUAGUGGAAUACCUACAUUACUGUGAGACAAUGACUGCAUUAUCAGUUCUUGGUGAAGGUGGUACAUUUGUUAUAAAAUUGUUCACUAUGUUUGAACAUUCAACAAUCUGCCUCUUAUAUCUGUUGAAUAUAUCAUUCAAAAGUGUAAGUGCUUUCAAACCAUGUACUUCAAAAGGUGGUAAUUCAGAGGUGUAUAUUAUUUGUUUGGAUUUUAGAGGGUUUGAUUUAUUUAACGAUGUUUGGGAAGCUUUAAUUUCACCUUAUAAGAAAGGUUAUUUUAAUCAAGAAGUAUCAAUGUUUGAUCUGAGUGAAAUCCCUCAGGAAUUCCUCAAUGAAAUUAAUUUGUGUUCUGAAUACUUCAUGAACCUACAGAUUGAAACUAUAACAAAUAAUAUUGAUAAUUUUAGAAAGAGGAAUUCUUUGCAUCUUUCCCUUAUCCAUCAUACAAAAAUGCGUGUAGCAAAUAUGUAUAUAAAAAAGUACCGAUUAAGAAAAAUUGUACCAUCCCAUAAAUUAGCACCAUUUUCAAAUAUGUAUCCAUAUUCAAAAUGUUUAAAGUGUAGGAUUUUUUCAAAUCAUAAAAUUUUCAAGUCAGAAGAUAUUACAGUUGAAACUUUACUAUCCAUUAAAUUAGGAAAAAUGAUCAGUACUUUAGAACAUUCGAAUUUCUGUGAUUUGCAAAAGUCUGAUACUUUCAAGAUAUUUUACAAAAGAUGUCAAGAUCAUUUUAGUUUAUAUAACAGAAUCUAUAUGGAUCUAGGUAAUCAAUUUUCUAUAUUGAAUAGAAAUGACUUCAACUGUUCUUCCUACAGUGAGUUCCAACGAGAAUUUUUGGAUUUUUUUGCUUGUCAUGAUAUGAACAAGAAUCUUAUAAUUUUAAAUAUCCCCUUAGUCACAAAUUUUUUAGUUGGCUUUUUUUAUUUAUUGUGUUCAUACUAUCACGAAAUUUUUGUAUAUAAUUAUGGCAGCAUUGUCUUGAAAAAUGUUAAGUGUAAUAUGAAACACAGAUUUGAUGACAUAGUUCAUACUUUGAAAAGUUUUUACGAUAAUCCACAACAAAAUUUACCUUAUAAGGCAGACAUAUUGGAAAUUGUUAGUUCCGAUUUAAUAUUGUAUAAUGACUUUUAUCAUAUAGUACGCGAUUAUAAUGACUCAUUAAUAAAAUUUAAUUGAAAAA